AUAUGUUUCGUUGUGGUUUUGCUCAUCAUGAAAAGGCAUUAUUGAUUUUGUAUCGAUAAAUAGAAAUACGGUAAUUACUUUAAGGGUAAUACCGUGUAAUUAUUUAAAUCUUGUUCAACAAAAAGUAAAAGUGCAAGAUGGACACAGUAACUCCAGUACUUAUGGAUCCAGUAACUGAUUAUUUGUAUCCGGCUCUAUUUCAGUGUUUUACAAUUAUCUUAUGCGGAUAUGUGGCAGGAAGACUUAAUUUAGUUUCGAAAUCUGAAUCAAAAGGGAUUGCAACAUUUGUGGGAACAUUUGCACUUCCAUCGUUAAUAUUUUUAUCCCUAGCACGUCUAGAUUUCAGUACUGUUAAUUGGACUUUUCUCAUAGCAAUAUUAUUGGCAAAGAGCAUUGUCUUCUUCGGUGUCAUGAUAGUUACGAUUUUAGUGUCAAAACCUGCUAAUUUAGGACAGGCUGGCAUUUUUUCUAUUUUCUGCACACAAAGUAAUGAUUUUGCUUUAGGUUAUCCUAUAAUAAAUGCUAUUUAUGAAAAAACACAUCCAGAAUAUUCUCUCUAUUUGUAUUUAAUGGCUCCCAUAUCCUUGGCAAUUUUAAAUCCAAUUGCUUUUGUUUUGAUGGAAAUUAAUAAACAAAGAGAGAUAGAAAGAUCAGCUCCAGAUCCUGCGCAACGAAAGGAAAUAAGUAAACCAAAGAUGUUGUUACAAAUUUUUAAAGGCAUUGUGUAUAAUCCAGUGUUGGUGAUGACUGUUUUGGGUAUAGCGGGAAACAUUAUCUUUAAGCAUAAACUGUCCAUCUAUAUUGAAGGAUUAUUAGAUGUUUUUGGACAAUCUUUCUCAGCAGCUGCUCUGUUCUUGUUGGGCUUACGUAUGGUUGGUCAGAUUACAAGGUUGAAGGGUGGAGCACUAGUCCUUCCUUGCGUUUUAAUUAUGGUGAAGUUAAUCAUUCUACCAGUAGUGAUGCGAGAGUGUGUGAGUGGUUUACAAGCUGGUACUAAUGAAAGUGAUACGCAAUCACUUGCAACUUACGCAUUUUUAUAUGGCACUAUACCCACUGCGCCAGCUGUUUUUGUUUUCUCAAAUUUGUACCAAUUGGAAAUUGAUUUGAUGGCUUCGUCAAUGGUUAUUUGUACGUUUUUAUCAGCGCCAAUAACCUUCUUAUCGGCCGAGAUGAUAUCCAUAAACAAUGACUAUGCGGACCAGAUCAAACAAUUCGGCUUCGAUCUCUCAAUAAUAGCACUGAUUGCUGCAUUGUGGGUGCUUCUUGUAUUCACUGUUACCAAAAAGUUUAAGAGAAUGCCACAUAGAUUGACACUUUGCUUGAAUUUAACGCAGAUACUCCUUGCUAUAAGCGUAAUAUGGGGUGGCCCUCUUAACACGUUCACUCCAUCAUUGAGCACUACCAUCCAGCAAUCUCUACAAAUGUUUAGCGUUUAUUCCUGUCUGUUGUGGACUUCAAUGUUAUCCGUUGGCUUAUUUAUGCUAGAGAGCCGCGGGCCGUGUUUCGUGGUAACUCUCUGGCCGGUACUGGCGUUCGUGGCGUGGGGCGCUCCCGCAGUGAUGGUGGCGGCGCUGGUGCUCACCAAGCAGCCCGGCAGCGGCAUCAACGCGGACGCCUGUGACGCGAUCCGACUUAGCGUGCUGUUCUUCUGUUUAACGGUGAGCACGGGCUGCCUCAUCUUGUACGUGAGGUUCCGUCGCCGCAGCGCUCAGUUCGCGAGCCUCUCCUCCGAGUCGCCGGAGGUAUCACCCAAUGAGUCAUCGAGCCUUGUGGAUAACGCUGAGCCCACGUCGAACACGCAAUCCUUGUCCACCUAUGGCAUGGAAGAUCAAGGUUGUUAUGGAGCGAUAACUGCUUCACCAUCGCCCAGCAAAAACCCCAACUGCUGUACUAAUGAUCCCAAUUGUGAAAAUGGUAAUGUCAGUGUGAACCAAGGGCAGGAUAUUGAAGAUCUUGUCACCAACAAUAACAGAGAUUGCGCGUGUCCGUCCCACAAGACUUGCAGUACUGGCGCUAGUUGCCAAUACUUGAACGAACUGGAGCAAGCUGCUAGCUCGUUGGGGCUUGUGCCGCCUGAACAGAGCCGGGGCCGCGGGGCGCAGCUACUCAAACACACCGUGCUCAUCAUUAUAUACAGUCUUAUGAUGUUUAUCGGAGUAACAUUUACAAGCUGGCGCGUGAUGCGUAAAGACGAAUCGGGCGUGUUCAUCGAGAUACAAUUCCUCGAUACGGCCGCAGUUUACGGACAAGCGCUGAUCAUGUUCGUACUCUUUGGACUCGACACUGAGGAGAUUUUUAUACCUGCGGUUAGAUUUUUCAAAAAGAAAUGGCACGGUGCUGAUAUAGUUGUUUUACCGCCGGUAGAAGAGCUAAGCUUUGAAACAAGGCAUGUUUGCGACCAAUUCAUCACUCACCAUCUCGAACGUUGUAAGGAUGCUAUUGCCAAAGAUACCAGGUGGCGCAUGCGCACAUACCGCGGCGUGUUCCGCGGCUCUUGCCUCGUCCGCUGGCUGAUAUCGUGCGGCCUCGCGACCGACGAACAGCACGCGGUAACCUAUGGCAGACAUUUACUCGACGGACGCCUCAUAUCGCACAUAAACAACGCGCACCACUUCACCAACUCGCCGCUGUUGUACACCUUCGCGUAGUUCCCGCAAGAGGUAAUAGAUGGCGCUGUAACCAAACGACCCCGGCAUUGAAAAUUUAGAUAAUAGAUGUCGCUGUUACCAAAUGACGCCGUCGUUUUAAAUUUGGAUAAUAGAUAGCGCUGAAACCAAACGACCAGGCGUUGUUAGUCCGUAGUCAUAGUAACCCUUUAAUAGUUCCAAGUUCGUUUGUUUUUUUAACAAUACAAGCGGAUAAUUAAUAAUAAAUAGUUCGGUUGUAGUUUUUGUUAACAGAAUGAAUUGAAAUAAUAGUUAUUCAUGAACUGUUUAUUUUCUUGAAUUGUUGUACAAAAACCGAUAUGAGUACCAAAAUUUAAAACAUUAUUUGUGGGAAAAUAUUCUAGGAAUAAAAUCAACAAUGUAUUUUUGGUGCUUUAUCUGGGUUUUGUAAAUUUUAACUGAAGUAAAAGAUUCA